UUCCCAAUCCCCUCCUCCUCCUUCUUCCACAACACACUUCGCUUCAAUCUCGGUGAUGGGUUAGAUCAUCGUUUGUGUGCACAAUUUUUGUUCUCCGAUUCAAAAAAAAUUAACUUUUGCGAUUUCAGUAGGUGGUCGUGCGUUUUUGUUACUUGGGUUAAUCGAUGUGAUCGUGAGAAGUGAAAUUAGGGGUUGAUUGGAAUUUUGGGUGCAAUACUCGGUUUAAUUGCUUUGUAGAAUGAAAUUAUCGAGCUUCAAUUUAGGGUUGCACGGUUUUAACUGCUUAGGUUUUUGUCUUCAAAAUUAAAACUGUGCAACUUUGGUUGCAAAGUCAUAGGGGUUAAGUUGUGUUUGCAUGAAAGUGGGCUUGAGAUAAUUGUGCCUCUUGUAUGAUGGAAUCCCUUUGGAAGCUUUUGUAUUUGCUGGAGCCUGCGCCUGUCACACUUAUCACUACAGCUGUGGCUGUGACAUUUGGUGCUGCUUUUCGAGCUCUAAACUAUGGGAAAGAAAUGGAGCGUAAUCGGGACUUCUCUGAAGCAUCGAUUACAUUGGAUAGGUCUCAGGCAUUGAUGAUCCCAGUGAUGAGCUCUUUUAGCUUGCUUUUGAUGUUCUACUUGUUCUCAUCUGUCUCACAGCUUCUCACUGCAUUCACUGCUGUUGCUUCUGCGUCCUCCCUUUUCUUCUGCUUGUCUCCUUAUGCUGCCUAUUUGAAGGCACAGUUUGGUUUAGCUGAUCCAUUUGUUUCACGCUGUUGUUCAAAAUCUUUCACACGUAUCCAAGCAAUACUAUUGUUAGUGUGCUCUUUCACGGUGGCUGCUUGGCUUGUUUCUGGUCAUUGGAUACUGAACAAUUUGUUAGGCAUAUCUAUAUGCGUCGCGUUUGUAAGCCAUGUGCGUCUCCCAAACAUCAAAAUUUGUGCAAUGCUCCUUCUUUGUCUAUUCGUGUAUGACAUUUUUUGGGUUUUCUUCUCUGAAAGAUUUUUUGGUGCAAAUGUCAUGGUAUCGGUGGCAACACAACAAGCAUCAAAUCCUGUGCACACCGUUGCCAAUAGUAUCGGUCUUCCUGGGUUGCAACUGAUAACUAAGAAAUUAGAGUUGCCUGUAAAGAUUGUUUUUCCUAGAAAUUUGUUGGGUGGUGUUGUUCCUGGAGAGAAUGCGACAGACUUCAUGAUGCUUGGUUUAGGAGACAUGGCUAUCCCAGGCAUGCUACUGGCUUUAGUCCUCUGCUUUGAUUAUCGCAAGAGCAGGGAUACAGUAAAUCUCUUAGAGUUACAUUCCUCAAAGGGGCACAAAUACAUAUGGUAUGCGCUACCCGGGUAUGCCAUUGGCCUGGUAACUGCUUUGGCUGCUGGUGUCUUGACUCACUCACCUCAACCUGCACUUCUUUAUCUGGUGCCUUCUACUUUGGGACCUGUAGUUGUGAUCUCUUGGAUGAAAAGGGAACUACUUGAGUUGUGGGAAGGAAACACCCCAAAUCUCAAUGAUAAAGAUCGCGAAAUAGAAGUUUAGUCUAGUGACAGGUGGUUUAUAGCCAAACAGAAAGCUGUAAAUUUACUGAGAAUCUUUAAUCGUCAGACUCAUCAAGAAAAUUUACAUUAAAUGUUCAUUUUGCUCUGU